AUGCGAGUCUUUUGGGGGCGCGUCGCGCUGCGGGGGUUGCUGUGUGGCUCGUGGGCCCCGGGCCCGAGCCCCCUGCGGCACAGCUCCGGAGGGCCCUCGUGGACCCAGGAGCGGACCCUGGUGGCGGUGAAGCCGGAUGGGGUGCGGCGGAGGCUGGUGGGGGACGUGAUCCGGCGCUUUGAGAGGCGUGGCUUCAAGCUGGUGGGGAUGAAGAUGCUGCAGGCACCGGAAAGCAUCCUUGCUGAACAUUACCAUGACCUUCGGAGGAAGCCCUUCUACCCGGCCCUCGUCAGCUACAUGAGUUCUGGCCCCGUGGUGGCCAUGGUCUGGGAAGGCCACAACGUGGUCCACGCCUCAAGGGCCAUGAUCGGAGACACAGACGCAGCUGAAGCCGCCCCGGGGACCAUCCGGGGAGACUUCGGCGUCCACAUCAGCAGGAACGUCAUCCAUGCCAGCGACUCUGUGGAAGGGGCUCAGCGGGAGAUCGGGCUGUGGUUCCGGAGCAGUGAGCUGGUGGACUGGCCGGACCGGGGCCCCCACAGCAGUGUUUCCCCAGCGUGAGGGCUCCAGCUGCUCUUGCCCACGCCCGUAUGGCCAGAACCAACUACCUCUGUCAACGAGACUCAGCUCACACCCACACUCUGCCCACCUUUGCAAACCACCUCGUUGGCGACCUUCUCCCCCACACGGGCUGAGGUGUUUGAGCCAUCAACUGUAUGUGCCUUUUUGUGUCCUAAUCC